GUUAUCCCAUUUACAGGAAGAUCAACUAAAUCAUAAAAUAGUGUUCUGGGAAAUCCUCAUAGAAAUGAGAAAAAUGACGCAUAGAUAAGAGAAAAUCUAAUUACUAUAGGAAACAAUUUUCAUUUUUUACAUACGCUUCAAUAUACAUUUUAUUGUUUUAGAAAAAUAAUUUACUAGCAAGGAAGGUCGAACAUUAUUUUUGUCGCGGCUCAUAAUUCGAGACAAUAUCACGUUUAUACUAGAAAAAAAGAGACAAAAGAAAAUGCAGAUUAUAUAGAGAUUUAUUUAUUCAUAAUUUUUGGGUUUAACAAUUAUGUUUUCCAAAUAAAUAUAUAAGAAGAUGAGUAAUUUCAAAUUUAAACAGUGUUGCAGAAUUAUUUAUACGAUUAAUUUUAAAUAUAUAAGAGUAUGUAAAUAAUUGUAAACAUUUGUUUAAUGAAAUGAACAUCUUUAUAAUUCUUUUGUUAAUGUAUUAUCGAUAUAAAUGUGCUAUUAGUCAAAUUCCACCAAUUUUUGGCUCACAAAAUAUAAAUUCACAACAAGCACCAGUGUUUGGAUCUCAAAACAUAAACGAUAUAACGUCUCUUAUUGGCAAUGACGGCAGACAACUUCUAACUCCAAACAAUCAAUGUUACUGUGCGCUAAUUUCAGCAUGCACUGGAAUAACACUAUUACCAGGAAGAUACAACAACUUUAUUAAUCGAAUAAUAAGCACAGGUCCAACAGGUCCUGAAUCAUGUCCAACUAAUUAUGUACUUUGUUGUUCGGGAAUUCCACAACCUACAAAUCCUAUAUGUGGUAGAAGAAAAGUAGCUUUAACAAGUACAGUAGCAGAUGUAGCUCCAUAUGGAGCUUAUCCAUGGCAUGCUGCAUUAUUUCAUCGUCUAAGUGACCAGUACAUUGGCGCAGCAGUUGUUAUUACUUCAACUUACCUAAUAACUGUAGCACACAGGGUAUUCGAACUAAAUAAUAAUUUCAGAAUAAGGCUAGGUCUAUGGUCGUUGUCAGUUAACACUUAUCCAUACUUUGAAGCUUUUCCUGUUUUCACGCAAAUACAUGCAAACUUUAAUAGUAAUACUCUUCAAAAUGACUUUGCUGUUAUUCAAAUUGAUAGACCAAUACCAUUUGCUAAUUAUGUUAGUAUUAACACUGCCUGCCUUCCAACUUCUGUCCCAGCUGCUGGCACAAGAUGUUGGACUGCUGGAUGGGGAGUAAGUUCCUUUAACAAUGGUCAAUAUCAAAAUGUGCUUACACAAGUCCAAGUUCCAAUUGUAGAAGCCACAGCGUGUCAAACUAGAUUACGAGGUAGCAGACUUGGUAUCUAUUUUAUCUUCGAUGCAGUAAGUUUCAUAUGUGCUGGAGGCGAACCUGGAAGAGAUGCUUGCACUGGAGAUGGUGGUGGAGCCCUUGUCUGCGAAGUAGCUACAAAUCAGUUUCAAGUUGUGGGUUUAACAUCGUGGGGAGUUGGUUGCGGACAGACACUUGUUCCAGGAGUAUAUGUUAAUAUAUAUAAUUAUCUGACCAUUAUUAGAAAUUACGUAUCCGUUACUGAUAAUGCUGGAUGAAUGCCAUUAGACUAUAAAUUUUAUUAUUAAUGAACUUUGCAAAAAAUGUUCUAUUAAAGGAGUAAGAAAAAAUUGUGUUAAUUUGUAAUCUUUUGCAAAUAUCAAGCGCAUCAAGUUUGACUAUAUUUUAAGAAGAGAGUUUUCAAAAGAUACAUUUCUUAGAUCAUACAAAUUUAAUGAGCACAAAAACAAAUUUUCACUUCACCAUGAAAUAUUCCUUAAUUUUCAACAGAAUUAUUAUCACGGUUCAUAAUUCCAGACAAUGUUAUAUUUAAGUAAAAAAAUAAAAUGAAUAUUUUUAAUUUUUUAAUUUAAUUUGUUUAUUUUUUAACUCAAAUUCGAGAAGACAUUCAUCUGUUUCAAAUAUGUGUAGACAAGAAAUUAUCUUAAGCCUUUCACAUCUGGGGACAAAAUGUCUUAAACUAAGACAAUUUAAAGUACACUAUUUAUGAAAAUUUUCUGGCCUCAUUAUUAUUCAUUCUCCAUGUUAUUCCACUUACAGAAAGAUCACUAAAUCAUGAAAUAAUAUUCUGGGAAAUUCUAAUGGAACCCAGAAAAGUGUCGUGCAGAUAAGGGAAGAUCUAAUUACGAUAGGAAACAAUUUUCAUUUCCACCUAUGUAUAUGCUUCAAUGUACAUUGUAUUGUGUCAGAAAAAUAAUUUACUAGCAAGGAAGGUCGAACAUAUUAUUCCUGUCGCAGCUCAUAAUUCGAGAUAAUUUUACGUUUAAAUUGAAAAAAGGGACAAAUGAAAACGCAGAUUAUAUAGAGAUGCAUCUAUGCAUAAUUUUUAAGUUUAACAUAUUUUUUCCAAAUAAAUAUAAGAAGAUGACAAAUUUCAAAUUUAAACAGUUUACGAACAUGUUGCAAAACUAUUUAUACUCUUAAUUUUUA